AUGGCGUACCGCGAGCCGUCCGUUCUCGCCUUCAGCGGCACGAAUGGCCCCCAUCCCACUUUCUACAAAGAGGAUCCUGAACAGGCCCUGCGUCUCUUUAAAGUCUGGGAUGCCAAGUCCCUACUUCUUCUGAGGCCGGGCCCCCUCCCAGAUGACCGUCUGACGCGUGUGUUUGGUGCCUGGAAAUCGCCGGGACAAGACAGGCAGAUUGGUGAUAGGCGGGGUCCUAACUCCUACGAGGCCAAGAUUGGCGGCCCCAGCAAGGAACUCCCUACUGGUGCCCUCAUCACCAGGGUGUCUGUCCAGCGAUACACCCAUUGUCUUCGCGGUUCCGCAGUCGAUAGGAGAGACUUCUACCAUCAGGCCUGCGUGACUCGCAGCAAGGCUUUCGCGAACGCUGUGGGCCCAGCUUUUGCUUUGAGAGAUUUCGAGGGGCUUGCCGCGCAUGCCGACUUCUUGGCAUGGGCCGAAGGCCAAAACAGGUCCGCUGGAAACCAUCCUUCAUGCAGGCCUAGGCCUAUCCUUGUAGAUCCAGAUACUCCAGUCCAUGGCUGCUUUGCAUCUUUGUUCCAAGGCGAUGCUGCAGGCGUGGAAUACGCCACUGCUGCCCACGCCGGCCGCCUGGUCUCUGGCAGCCCCGUUGCCCCUGAUGGGCCCUGGCUGGGGCUCGUUAUCGACGAUCUCUUUGCCAUCGCAUCCACAUCUGUUGCUGCGCCCGCUGGGCCCGAGCCCCCUCCUGACGAGGGAGAGAAGCUUCUAAGGCAGGCUAAGCUUGAGUAUGGCAAAGCUGGCAUCGCUGGAUCAGACGCCAAGGAUAUUUUCGGUCAAACUGUGUUUACUGUCGCUGGGGCGCAGGAGCUCUGUGGCAUGCUGACAGGUUCUUGGAUCUCGUGCCUGCUCUACAGGCAGCGCCAAGAGCUUGUUCUGCUCUCGGCUUUGGCCCCUUUGAUGGUCAGCAAUGUUGCCGUUCCUUUCUGCGAACAGGCCUAUGCCUCUGACGCCUCUUUGGCAAAGGGAGGCCAUGUCAUCGGCCCGAUUGUUGACCUCUCAUGUUCGCCCGAGUUCGACAUCGAACAAACUCACGUGCUGGAGUGGAUCCUGUUCCUUUUGCAGUCUGGCAGACUCAAAGCUGUCAUGAUCGAGCCGCCUUGCACUACCUUCUCCGGGCCAGCACGCCCUUGCCUGAGGACCUAUGCUGUGCCUGAAGGUUUUGAUAGAACUUUCCCGAGGACCUGGCGUGGGAACCGGCAAGCUUUCUUUGCAAUUGUCAUCUUCGUUGUUGCCUGGAGGGCCGGAGCACCCGCCUUGGUCGAACAGCCCAGGACUUCAAAGAUGAGACGGACUAAGGCAUGGCAAUAUGCUCUGAGCCUCACUGGAGUGGAGGAGAACUUCCUCGCCUCGUGCGCAUAUGGCUCUCCUUUCCGUAAGGAGUUCGCUCUCCUGGGUACCGGCCUAAACCUCUCCAGAAUCCACAGGCGCUGCCCUAGAGACCAUCACCAUGUUCGCAUCGAGGGUUCCUUUGCUAAGAGCAGUACUGCGUACCACCCCGAGGUAGCCAAGGCUUUUGCUUCCAUUUUCCAUGAGGCUAUCAACUCCAAGCCGGGCCAUGCCAGAUCCCGGGCUGGACUGCAAGGUCUGCUGGCAAACGAUGUCCUUUCUGCUUUUGCUUGGAAAACGAAAGCUGCCUGGGCCUGGAAGCGCCCCGAGCACAUAAAUGUCCUUGCGACGAGGGCUUUCACUAGGGGUCCCCGUGACCUCACCCUUGCAGGUGGGGACCUUAGAUAUGCGCACAUUGUCGACUCAGCAGUAGCGCUGGGUGCUGUGUCAAAGGGAAGGAGCUCAGCCAGAACGCUGAAGCCGGCUUUGAAAGCUUCCGCUGCCAUUCAGGUCGCUGGAGGAAUCUACCCAGGACUCCAUUUCGGACCGACGCGUCUGAACACGGCUGACGCGCCCACGAGAGACCUUGAACUGCCUGUUGGUCCUGCAGUUGCUGAGAGCAUCCCGUCUGGAUGCUCCACCAAUGAUGUCUUGGAUUUCGAUGGCACUCUGGGUUUUCCCGGGGAAGGACCGACAGCACGACAGACUGGCCUCGACGUCGGCCGGCAGGAGCGCAGAGCAUCCCGACCCCUGCCGCUUGGAAGGCCAGUUUUGGACAGGACCAGACAGAAUCGUGACGCACUCAUUCUGGCAUUCUCUUCUUGGCUGCGCGAACGUGGCAUUCAGCUUCAGGAUUUUCUUUUUGGCGCUGGUUUUGACAUUGAGCAGUUGAAUAAUGCCCUUGUGAGCUACGGUCGUGAACUCUACGAUCUUGGGAAGCCAUACUGGCAUUACUCUGAGACUGUCAAUGCAAUCUCAGCCCUCAAGCCUUCUGUCCGCCGGCAACUUCAGGCUGCUUGGGACACUGCUUUCAGCUGGCUUGCAAUGGAGCCGUACACUCACCACGUGCCGAUGCCGCCAGUCAUCCUUCUGGCGAUGCUUACAGUUUGCUUGAUGUGGGGCUGGGUCGCAGAAGCAGGCCUCUUUGCAAUGAGUUGGGGAGGUUUGUUAAGAAUAGGCGAAGCCACGUCCGCCAGACGCAAACAGUUGAUCUUGCCAGUCGAUGUUUUACACGUACAAAGCUUCAUUCUCUUACAGAUAUUGGAGCCCAAGACGAGACUUCCUGGUGCACGCCACCAGGCGGCAAAGAUCGAGCGAAGUGAUUUGAUAGAUGUCAUACAGUUGGCCUUCGAGUUUUACGACCCGGAGCAGCGCUUAUGGCCCUUCACAAACCAAACGCUUCGUAGGCGCUUUGAUGCGAUCUUGGAACGCCUUGACAUCAGGCGAAGCUCAUCUGGUGCUCGGCCUCUGGACCUUGGGUCGUUUCGUCCUGGCGGUGCCACGCACAUGCUGCAGUGCUGCGAAGACUCAGAACGUGUAAGAAGAAGAGGCCGUUGGGCCUCGCCGAAAGUGAUGGAGAUUUACCUCCAAGAAGUGGCAAGCUCGACUUUUUUUCCGAGCCUUGAUCUUCGUACCCGCGAGCUUGUGUAUGGCUUUGCGCAGGCCUUCAGCAGUACUCUGGAUCAGUCUCUGACUUGGCGACGGCUCGGGUUGCCACCUUCUUCGUGGUAUGCGCUCUUCUUGCAUUCUUCAAAGUAG